CACACAAAAACUUCCUCAGCAAACAUCGAACUCAUUCCUCUUCACUCUUCAGCAAAAUCCCAACUUUGUCUACUACUACUUGUCGAAAAACUCAAACUCAAACUCGAAAUCGAACUCGAACUCGAACUCAAAGCCAAUUCAGAAACACAUGGUGAAGCAGAACAUUGAGAAGCCGACAAAGACAGCAACGAUCGAGGAACAGCGAAGUGAGUCGAAUUCUAAGUUCAAAGGUGUCCGGAAGCGAAAGUGGGGGAAGUAUGUUUCUGAAAUUCGUCUGCCCAACAGUCGGCAGAGGAUUUGGUUGGGUUCCUACGAUUCUGCCGAGAAGGCGGCGCGUGCUUUCGACGCGGCCCUCUUCUGCUUGCGUGGCCGCGCUGCCAGGUUCAAUUUUCCUAAUAACCCACCUGAAAUCCCCGGCGGAAGGUCGCUCAAGGCGGCGGAGAUUCAAGCCGCGGCGGCCAAGUUCGCCAAUUCGGAGUCGGACCCUCCCAAAAGUGAGAGCGAUUUGGGUCAUCACUUGGAGAUGAUGAACAAUAAUAAUAAUAAUAACAAUUCGUCUUCUUCAUUUACACCGUCUCCCUCGGUGUCGGAAGCGACGGUGGAGACUGUUCAGAUAGACAGUGAUUCGAUUUCGACCAACAUUUUAGAUGGGUCGUUCUUCGAUUUGGAUUUAGAUUUGGAUUUUUUAAAGACGAUGGGCUUGAGUAAUUACGGGUCGGAUUAUGGGAUAUUUCCGGGCUUUGAUGAUCUUACAAACGGGUUAUUUUCACAGCCCUUGCCUAAUGUGGAUUAUGGAGAAGAAAAUCUUGAUGGGAUUGCAUCUCAGGAAUCAUAUAAUUCAUUCCUGUGGAAUUUCUAGAGGAUCGCUCUCGGGUGGUUCAGUGACCUGGACAAGUUUUAGUUCCCGGAGUUACUGAAGCUAUUUUUUUACCCGGAUGUUGAAUUUGUAUAUGGAUGGACCAAUUUUAGCACGGCCAUCCUGGUAAUAUUUUUUUCGGUACUACAAAUUCUUUUGAGUCUGAUCUAGAUAAUUCAUUUGUGAAUUAGAAUGUAAAGUGUGUCAUAGAUUGAUGUAAUUUUUGUCACUCAUUCAAAUGAAUGCAAAUAGUAUUUCAAUCAUUUUUGACA